UCCCCAUUUUAAUUGGAAUCCAUUCCUCUCUCAGCGGAGCUGUGACGCCGUCGUUCAGUCGCAAUUCAGCUUCAACCGGAGGGGAAGGAAGCGAUCAAAGACAACAGCGCGAUUUCGGCUGUAUCUCGCUGCCAAACUUAGUUGUGAUGGAGGAACUGCAAGACGUCCAGUUGACUGAAAUUAAGCCACUUCUGACAGAUGGGAACUCUGCAAGAAACUUCCAGGAUUUUGACUGCCAGGAACAUGACAUCGAAACUGCACAUGGGGUGCUGCACGUUACCAUGCGUGGGACCCCUAAGGGGAACAGGCCUGUCAUCUUAACCUACCACGACAUCGGCCUCAAUCACAAAUCUUGCUUCAACACAUUGUUUAACUAUGAGGACAUGCAGGAGAUCACACACCACUUUGCCGUGUGUCAUGUCGAUGCCCCUGGGCACCAGGAAGGAGCUCCGCCUUUCCCUACAGGGUACCAAUAUCCCACCAUGGAUGAACUGGCUGAGAUGCUGCCGGCAGUCCUGACCCACUUAAAUGUUCAGAAUGUGAUUGGGAUUGGAGUUGGGGCUGGAGCCUACAUCCUAACAAGAUUUGCACUGAGCUACCAAAACCUCGUUGAAGGACUCGUCCUCAUCAACAUUGACCCGUGUGCUAAAGGAUGGAUGGAUUGGGCUGCAUCAAAGCUUUCUGGAUGGACCACCAACCUGGAUGACAUUGUCCUGGCUCAUCACUUCAGCAGUGAUGAGCUGGAGAACAAUUUAGAACUGAUACAGACCUAUCGACUCCACAUAUCCCAGGAUAUUAACCAGGAAAAUAUGUAUCUUUUUGUCAACUCGUAUAACAGUCGUAGAGAUCUGGAGAUUGAGCGACCAGUUGUUGGCGUGAAUGAAACAACAGUUAAAACUCUGCAGUGCCCUGCCCUGCUGGUUGUCGGUGACACCUCUCCUGCUGUGGAGGCUGUGGUCGAGUGCAAUUCUAGGCUAAACCCAACGAACACAACACUGCUGAAGAUGGCAGAUUGCGGAGGGCUUCCACAGGUCGUCCAGCCUGGCAAGCUGACUGAAGCCUUCAAAUACUUUGUCCAGGGAAUGGGCUACAUGUUUCGCAGUCAUUUGCCAGCUGUCAGCAUGACCAGGCUAACCCGGGCUCGCACCACCUCGACCUCAAGCGUGGGAUCCGGAGACGUCGCCCGCAACCAGUCUCCCACUGCCACCCAGGGCGAUGCUAUCGGCAACAGUGAAAUAGAGCACGGCAGGUCUCAGACCAUGGAAGUCUCCUGUUAAAACACCAACUUGUUCCUUUAUUUAUUCUUUUAUUCCUUCCUUGGAUUUAAGAAAUUCCUCUCAACAUGGCUGAGCUGCGGCCUCAAAAGUGCAGAAAUUCAACAAUGGAGAGCAAGUUGAAUUGUCUCGUUCGUGCAUGCUGGCACUCUGGUUCUUACCCUGUGGUUGAUGUUCUGUUUUUGUUUCUCGCCCGAGUAGUGUUACGUUCCAGAAGUUUACAUGCUAGUCAGGAUGUCUUGUUUCUUCCUCUCUGGAUAUAAAAGGGGCUGUGCUAGAACUUCCUCACUCCACUUUGUGAUGCUAUGUAAUGGGGAAGCAUCAAUGUUUUAAAUUCUGCACAAAGUUUUAUCAUAAUCCUUUGCUAGACGUUUCAGUUGCAUUGAACUCUCUCUCGCCAAAGGCUGGGCAUUUGGGUAUGGAGCUAGGUUUAAGCUUGAUGUUGCACUGCAGUCCCCAGCAUGUGGAGACUUGUGAGGAGAUACCGGAUCCUUUUGACUUAAAUGUUUAAGCCCAUUGGCGUGAAUACUCCUGUUAUGCCUAAAGAUCCUACUGUGCUGCUAAAAUAACUGAGUGGCCUAUUUCUGCCAUUUUAGCCCCCAUGCCAGCUGCCCGUGGUUCUCAUUGUCAGUUUGACCUUGACAUUGCUGGCAUAAAACGCCCGAGAAAACUGGCUUAGUCAUUGAUACACUUGAGGAUUCAAGGUGACCUCUCCAACAAGCUUCUCUGCAAACCAAUCUCAAAGAUCUUCACAGUAUAUGAUUAGGUCUUUUGUUAGGGAGGCCAUUAUCCACCCAAAGGCACGACUGGAUUGAAAAUGAGGAAGAGUGGUUAGCAGUGGGGAUGAGGAGUACACAUUUAGACUGUUAAGUUUUUCCCCAGAGAGCCUCUACUCAACUCCGUAUUCCCAAACCCAGGAUGCAAAUGCCCCUUUAACUGCUAACUUCGCUUCUCCCUUGCUUUCAGUGGUAGAAGGAUAGUGAGCUUGAGUUUUUUUUAAAAAUCCUUUCUGCCAUUUGGUGUGGAAUUAGGAAGCACCGUGGGCGUUGACCCAGACCCACCCUCUGAGUGACCUGAGUUUGUGUCUAACUCUUGCCCUUCUUUACUUUUUCUGUUCUCUGAGGCUGGAGCACCAUCUUUAAAAUAUAUAUAUAUAUAUAUUAAAAAGUUGUAGAAAGAAAAAACACCAGUACAAAAACACGUUGUGUAAGCUUGUAGUGUCUGUGUGUAGGUUUGUUGUGAUAAAGUGCCGUCCUUAAAGACCUAGAGAUGUACUAAAGAACUGAUAUGAAAUACAAUGAGCCGCGGCUUACACUUUUGUAAAUGGCUGCUGGAUCCAGAUGUUCGUGUGCAUUUGCAGCUGGAGUUCAUUUAAUUCAUUUAUUAAAAUAGAAACCUGUUGUUAUGCAAAUUGCUUUGUUUUGCCUGUAGUCCAAUAAUAACCAGUCACUGGGCGUGAAGGACUUUGCCUUCUGUUCUAAUUUUCUUCUAACAUUGGAUCAAACUAGCCCUCAAUGUGGUUAAUGAAUGAUUUCAUAGAGCACUACGCACAGGUACAGGCUGUUCGGCCAGUCCAGUCUGUGCCAGACUGUACUCUGCCUCGUCCCAUCUAUCAGCACCUGGACCAUAACUCUGUAUUCCCUUCCUGUAUACAAACAGCUCUUAAAUGUUGCAAUCAAACCUGCUUCUACCACUUCUGCAAACUCAGUGGAAAAAGCUUGUUUGUGUUUACCCUAUCUAUACCCCUCAUAAUUACUGUGCAGUACUCUGCGGAAGUCUUGGGCACAGAUAUAUAGCUAGGGUGCCUAAGGCUUUUGCACAGUACUGUAUUUGUCAAUAUGGAGUGCAAGGCGAGCUUGUAAAUCUGGUGGGAGUAAAGGAUGUUGGGAAUGGCCAGGGUGGAGCACCAUGGGAGAGGUGUGGGACAGGUGGCAGAGGUGGCAAGGGUACAGACAGACCCAACCCUGAGACACCAGGCAAGGUCAUUUGAUUCCAAACAAUUGGUUUACUGAUCAUUAGAGAAUGUCUUUCUGGUGCUCCCUGCUCCCUCCCCUCUCCCUUCCCUUUUUCUCAAUCAUGAUUCCCCUCUCGUUGCCCUCUUCCCACUGUCAGUCCACAACAGCAACCCAUAUCAACAUCAGGUUUAUCAUCACUCAUAAAUGUCAUGAAUUGGUUUUAGCGGCAGCUAUACAUAAAAUUACUACAGUACUGUGUAACAGUCUUGGGCACCCUAGCUGUAUGUAUAUGUAUGUAUGUAUAUAUAUAUACACACACCUAAGGCUUUUGCACAGGACUGUACCUAUUCAAACUCUCUUAACUGUUGCAAUUGAACCUGCAACUGCUACUUCUGCUGGUAGCUCUUUCCACACUCACACCUCCUACUGAGCGAAGAAAUUCCCCGUCAGGUUCCUCGGAAAUAUUUCACCUUUCACCCAAAUCUCCCCUCAAUCUUCUACGCUCCAGGGAAUAAAUGUCCUUCAAUCUGGUCUUGGAACAGGAAGGGGAGAACGUUUGCAUCAAUACAAAGCCUAAUGUAGACCAUGUAUAUGUUUUCACCGAGUAGCUGGAAUCUUAAACUCACACUGAUUUCUCAGUCACACUUUCUUUACUUGUGCACAAGGAGAAUAGCCCGGCCCGUCACCAAAUUGUUCCGAAAUCCGAACAGAGAAAUUCCAUUUUAUACAGAAUUGAUUAAUGGGUACUGAUAUUGACCAAUUGGAAACUUGGUGCAUGUUUACGUAAUCAAUCACCAAUCAUGCUAUGAUAAUACAGGUAUUAACCAAUAGAGUCUCCACAUUGAAGGUUAGUAGUACUUAGAAUUAGUAAAACAACUAACAGUGAGUGUCACUUUAGAAUUCUCUGUUUGCAUCCUUGAUAUGUCAAAUGUUUCCAGUCCCGCACUGUGCAAUCCUCUUCAAAUACUUUCCUUGCCUGGGGUGGCUACACACUGUAAAUUAUUCUUGCCUGGACAUUUGUCGUAAUCCUUGCUGCAGCUUCCACUUCUGGGCACUCCGUAGCAACACAUUUCAGAAACAAUAUGUUAACUGGAGAGGAAUGCCACUGCAGAUUUGAUAAAACAAAAACAGACAAAAAAACUUCUUGAAAUUCUCAGCAGGACAGGUGGCUUCUGUGGGAAGAGAAGUAGUUAACAUUCCGGGUCGUUCGAGGAUAGGUCAAGUGAGCUAAGGCUUUUCUCUCUAAAGCAAAGGAGGAUGAGAGAUGACUUGAGAUGGAGGGGUACAAGAUGAUAAGAGGCAUAGAACAAGUGGAUGACCAGAAACUUUUUUCCAGGGCAAAAUGGGUAACAUGAAUGGGCAAAAUUUUAAGGUGAUUGGGGAAAGCAUUUUACACAGAGAGUGGUGAAUGUGUGAAAUGCCCUGCCAGGAGUAGCUGUAGGGGCAAAUUCAUUAGCAUCUAAGAAACUCUUAGAUAGACACAUGGAUGAUAGAAAAAUGACGAGGGAAGGGGUAAAUUCAUCUUAGAGUUGGUUAAAGGGCUGGCAGAACAUCGUGGGCUGGAGGACCUGCACCGUGCGUAAUGUUCUAUGUUCAAAGACGUUUCAUCAGAACUGGGAUGAAGACAAUCUUCAAAAAUGUCUUGAUGGAGUGGAAGUGAGAGUGGGAUGUCUGAUAGGGUGAAAGUCGAACUGACAUGGGGAUAAGUUGUAAACAGAGUUGUCUGCUCAGUGAGUAAACAGAAACAAUUAGAGAAUGGGAACACAGAAAAAAAUGUUGAGCAGGGGUGAUGAAUGUUUUCGAGAGCGUGUGCCCAAAUUGGUGGUAAUCUUCUAAAAACAACUUUCUUGCAAGCCAUGGUAAUUUUGGGCAGAGAUUAUAAUUGAUUAAUGAAUUAGUAACAAAAAUUAUGAACUUUUUAAGGAAAAAGUAUGAGUCUUGUUGCUUAUUAUGUGUAUGAAUUAUUUUGCUAUUAAUAAAACUAUAACGGACUGAAAUAAAGCAUUUUAGAAAACCUGUUCAAAAGUUAUUAAUAUUGCUAUCAUUUCAAAUAGUUUUGUUGUUGUAACUGUUUACUAUCCAAAUACUGAUGUGUACACCAGGUCUGUGAGAAUUUCAAAGUGUAUCAUCGAACAAUGUGUCUGU